AUGAGGCCUCGAACAGAACGGAACCGCUUGACCUUGUUUUGGGGUCUGAUGCUGGGUCUGUCGUCCUGCCUGUGGCCCGCCACCGCAGAGAUCUGUGGUCCAGACGUUCACAUCGGCAAUGACAUCAGUGAGUUCAGGCGUUUGGAGAACUGCACGGUGGUGGAGGGUUCCUUGCAGAUUCUACUCAUUGGGGACAAAGGCAAUACCCCCAAUCAGGACGUCUUCCGCACCCUUAGCUUCCCCAAGUUGACUAUGAUCACUGAUCACCUGCUGCUCUUCAGAGUGUCUGGCCUGGACAGUCUGAGCACCCUUUUCCCCAAUUUGGCUGUCAUCCGUGGACGUACCCUCUUCUACAACUAUGCUCUGGUCAUUUUUGAGAUGACUAGCCUCAAGGACAUUGGUCUGUUCAACUUGCGGAAUAUCACCCGUGGUGCCAUUCGGAUUGAGAAGAACCCUGAGCUCUGUUACCUGGAUUCCAUCGACUGGUCUGUCAUUAUGGAUGCAGAGUUCAACAAUUACAUUGCUGGGAACAAGCAGUCCAAAGAGUGCAGCGAUGUUUGUCCUGGUAUCCUGGAAAACAACCCACAGUGCAGAAAGACCAUAUUUAACAAUAACUACAACUAUCGUUGCUGGAACUCCAAUCACUGCCAGAAAGAGUGUCCGCAGAGGUGUGAACGACAAGUGUGCACCGCAGAUGGCGAGUGCUGCCACCCUCAGUGUCUCGGCAGCUGCACGGUUCCAGAUAGUGAUACAGCGUGCGCCGCUUGUGUGCAUUACUACUACGAAGGACGUUGUGUGUCUGACUGCCCUCCUGGAACCUACAAGUUUGAAGGCUGGCGCUGCAUCAGUGCAGAGACUUGCUUUAAAUUCAUAAAUCAACAGAACAAAGUCUUCAUCAUCCACGACAGAGGGUGUAUGGGUGAAUGCCCGUCAGGGUACACGCGCACUGCACCCAACAGCACGUACUGUAAAGCCUGUGAUGGCCCGUGUGAUAAAGUGUGCGGAGAGAAGAUCAUCGACUCCGUGGAUGCUGCUCAGUCUCUCCAAGACUGCACUGUUAUCAAAGGCAACCUGCACAUCAACAUCCGUAGAGGCCACAACAUCGUGGCAGAGCUGGAGAGUUUCACAGGACUGAUCCAAAGGGUGACAGGUUACGUCAGGAUCAGACACUCUCACACUCUGAGCUCCUUAGCUUUCCUCCGCAGUCUCAAAUACAUUGAUGGGGAACAACUGUUGGAUGACAUGUACGCCUUCUCAGCAUUUGACAACCAGCAGCUCCAGUAUCUGUGGGACUGGAAGCAGCACAAUCUGACCAUCAAAACAGGGAAGCUGUUUUUUAGAGCCAACCCAAAGCUCUGCAUGUCUGAGAUCCGCAGCAUGUGGGAGAAAACGGGCAUCCAGGGCCGCUUUGAUGAGAGCGAUUUCAGAAACAACGGGGAUCGAGCCAGCUGUGAAAGCACCAUACUGAAGUUCAAGUCAAACUCCACCAGCAGCACAAGAAUCAAACUCAACUGGCAACGGUACCGACCUCCAGACUACAGAGACCUCAUCAGCUUCAUUGUGUACUACAAGGAGGCGCCGUACCAGAACAUUACUGAAUUUGAGGGGCAAGACGGCUGUGGCUCCAAUAGCUGGAACAUGGUGGAUGUGGAGCUGAGACAAGACAAGGAUCCUGGAGUUUUGCUCUCUGGUCUCAAACCCUGGACACAAUAUGCCAUCUUUGUCAAAGCUAUUACGCUAAUGGUGGAGGACAAACAUGUGCCGAGUGCCAAAAGCAAAGUGGUCUACAUUCGCACAAGCCCCUCAGCGCCCUCUAUGCCCCAGGAUGUGCGAGCAUACUCUAACUCCUCCACGCAGCUGGUGGUGCGUUGGUCACCUCCGGUUUCACCAAAUGGAAACCAGACAUACUACCUGGUCAGAUGGCAGCAGCAGCCCGAAGACAGAGAGCUUUACCAGCACAACUACUGCUCCAAAGAGCUGAAGAUCCCCAUAAGGAUCGCUGCCACUGGUGUGGGAGACCCAGAAGAAGACACCAAGCCUACAAAGCCAGAUCAUGAGGGGCCAGACAAGGGGCCCUGUUGCCCAUGCCCAAAGUCAGUGGAGGACCUAGAGGCUGAAGCUGCCGAUGCUUCGUACCGAAAAGCCUUUGAAAACUUCCUGCACAAUUCCAUUUUCACACCAAGGCCCGCAGACCGCCGCCGCAGAGACCUCUUCGGCCUGGCCAAUUCUACUUUCUCUCAUCGCAACCGUCUGCAAUCCAACAGCAGCACCAUUCCUCCCCUCCAUGGAGCCGGUAACACCAGCACCAUCGCUGACCUAGACCCAGCAGAUAGAGAGUUCGAAUUCAUGGACCAGUCAGUGACAGAGCGAGAACUGCAGAUCUUUGGCCUGCAGCCAUUUACAGUUUACCGCAUCGACAUUCAUGCCUGCAAUGACCAGGUUAAAACCUGCAGCGCAGCAGAGUUUGUCUUCUCCAGAACCAAACCUGCUGAAAAAGCUGAUGAUAUCCCAGGUGCGGUCACCUGGGAGGGCCAUGAAGACUGGGUGUUUCUUCGCUGGCCCGAACCCUCUCACCCUAAUGGACUAAUACUUAUGUAUGAGAUCAAGUUCAAGAUGGCUGCUGAGACUGAGAAACACGAGUGCGUCUCUGGUCCGAUGUAUCAGGCCCAGCGUGGUGUUCGGCUUUCUAACCUCAGUCCAGGAAAUUACUCGGUCAGAGUUAGGGCCACAUCACUGGCUGGCAACGGCUCCUGGACACAAAGCGUGGAGCUCUAUGUGGCUGAACGAUAUGAAAACGUCCUCUACACCAUGAUCUUUAUUCCCAUCGCCAUCAUUCUCAUCAUCUGCCUUCUCAUCACCAUGCUGGUGGUCUUCAACAAGAAACGAAACAGUGACCGCCUUGGAAAUGGAGUUUUAUAUGCGUCUGUUAACCCAGAAUACUUCAGUGCCGCAGAGAUGUAUGUGCCGGAUGAAUGGGAAGUGGCGCGAGAGAAGAUCUCUCUGAGUCGUGAACUUGGACAGGGCUCGUUUGGCAUGGUGUAUGAGGGCGUGGCCAAGGGCGUGGUCAAAGACGAGCCGGAUACACGGGUGGCCAUCAAGACUGUCAAUGAGUCAGCUAGCAUGAGGGAGAGAAUAGAGUUUCUCAAUGAAGCCUCCGUCAUGAAAGAGUUUAACUGUCACCACGUGGUUCGUCUCCUGGGUGUGGUCUCCCAGGGUCAACCCACGCUGGUCAUCAUGGAGCUGAUGACGCGAGGAGACCUGAAGAGUUACCUGCGUUCCCUCCGAACCAAAGAGCAACAGUGGUCCAGUCUGUCUCUCCCUCCUUUGAAGAAGAUGCUUCAGAUGGCCGGACAGAUCGCCGACGGCAUGGCUUACCUCAACGCUAACAAGUUUGUCCACAGAGAUCUGGCAGCCAGGAACUGCAUGGUGGCGGAGGACUUCACUGUAAAAAUUGGAGAUUUCGGCAUGACAAGAGACAUAUACGAGACGGAUUAUUACCGCAAAGGCGGUAAAGGCCUGCUCCCUGUGCGUUGGAUGUCACCAGAGUCUCUGAAAGAUGGAGUUUUCACUACCAAUUCUGAUGUUUGGUCAUUCGGGGUUGUGCUGUGGGAGAUUGCCACUCUGGCAGAGCAGCCCUACCAGGGUCUGUCUAAUGAGCAGGUGCUGCGCUUUGUCAUGGAGGGCGGGCUUCUGGACAAACCACAGAACUGUCCUGACAUGCUGUUUGAACUGAUGCGAAUGUGCUGGCAGUACAAUCCCAAGAUGCGUCCAUCCUUUGUGGAGAUCAUCAGCAGCAUCAAGGAUGAGCUGGAGCCGGGGUUCAAAGAGGUUAGUUUCUUCUACAGUGCCGACCACAAGACGAGCGACGACUCACAAGCCCACCUGGACAAAAUGGACGAUGUCGAUGACAUUCCUCUGGAGCCAGCUUCUUCCACCCAGUCGCAGCAGUCCACAGUUUUACAACAGACCCCGCCCUCCCCAGGUUCGGAGGCUCCUCACGCCCCACCCCUCAGCUCCAGCUCCCCAUCUUCUCCCUGCACAUCAGCAGCUGCCAUGGACAAGCAGGCUUCCAGCCAGCAGGCGGCCAAUGGGCUGUCUGGUCCAAGCCUCGCAGCGGGGACGGGAGCAGGUGUCACAAUGCGGCCGUCUCUGGAUGAACUGCCGCCGUAUGCACACAUGAACGGAGGGCGCAAAAAUGAACGUGCUAUGCCCCUCCCACAGUCCUCUGCCUGCUGAUAGGACAGAGACCCCCACCUGACUGCAACCUCUGCCUCGUGCUGCACAGCAGAACCUGAUGUCACAGUGGGUGGGACCCUUUUUUUUUUGUUUUAAGAUAACAUACUACAGUCUACCAGCUGGGUGUGGUUACUCAGUCAGGAGCAACGACUCACAGAAAGGUGGAGGAAAAUAGUAAUAUUUCAUGCUCUGCUGUAACUCCACACACUUCUUUUCACAUUAUUCUACCUUUGUUUUCUACCAGCUGGCUGUCUCAUGUGACACUGCCGUCGCUGCUGAGUGGAGGAAAGUUAAAGUUAAAAAGAAAGAAAAAAUAUAUAAAAAUAAUUUGGGGGAGAGUUCUCCCUUUAUUUCUCUCUGUUUAUGGCUGAACUUAUUUUAUAAAUUGUUGUUUGCUACUUUUUAUAUGUAUUUCCAAAUGGGAAAGGCCUUUAUAACUGACUGGCAAUUUGAUCACUUUGGGUGGGCAUUAAGGUGAAGCAUAUCAAAUGAAGAAGAGGUCAGUGUCUCUGUCAGUAGCUUUGUUGUUCUGCAUGCUGAAUAUCAGCAUGACAUCAGGUCAGCAGCUACUCCAGUGAAUUGAACAACCAGAGGGAAGACAGAGAGAGAGAGGGAAGCGAGAAGGUCAAUCUGCCAAAAUUUGUUGCCAAAAUUGUACUUUUUGUCAAAUUAUCUUCUUCUUGCCCCCACACUCCAGAAAAAAAAACCAACAAAACAAAAGCACUUUGAUGUUUUGUCACACAGUUCUGAUCAGACGUCCCUCUUCAGUCCUGCAUCUAUCCUCUUUACACCUACUGUAGGUUUUAUCAGAUUGAUAUCAUAGACAGUGGUCACUGAUCAAUAUGUCUGAAAUUGAGCCACAUCUAGUCACAAAGUGCUGUUCAGUUAAACUGCCAAAUUCAAUCAAUCAAUAAGCAAAAAAAAAAAAAAAAAAGGUGAGGACUGCAAAAGGAGAUGUACAAAAAGGGGAAACAAAUGUAAAACACUACAAUGUCUCUGUCCAUGCUCGGAGACAUCUUUGCUGCAUACAAAGGUACGUAUUUUUUGGACUAGUGAUUUAGUCUCCAACACUUAAAACAUCUCUACAUGGGCAAGCAUUUAUGUACACACCUGUUGUUUGUGUCACUUUUUUAACUUUUAUACGAUUGGAGACAUUUAUCGUGUACAGAAAGAAGCUGCUAUUCCUCGUUUCUCUUGUGGUUGUAAAAUAGUUAAUAUCUAUAUAUAAAAAGAGAACUCCUUCAGGAUGGAUCUACUCAACGUUUCCACUACAGUUCAUUUUUUAUGUAUCUGACCUAGUUCCAUUUCUGUGUUUGUAUAAACUGUAUGACAGUUCACAUUGUGUUGUUUUGAAUCUCCCAUCAUGUCCCCUCUCAUCUGACCAGAGGACAGUGAUGGUGUCUGUGACCAUCAGUGUCUUCCUGGGACACAUUAAGACCUCAGCCCUCAAUCGUUUAGACUGGACCACCUCUAUACAUCAUCCUACUCAGAGGUCAAGCGUCAACUGCUGAGUCCCAAGUAAAUCUCAGGUCGAAGAGAAAAGUUAAAUCCUUUUCUGCUCUUUUAUUUUUGUGCUGUUACACUCAGAAACAUCGCUGUCAGUGUGUCUGAUUCUGUGUCCCUCUAAUACGGUCACUGCAUUUUCAUUGCUAAUCAGAUUUUUUUUUUUUUUAAUGUCACUCAAAUUUAGAAAGGAAAUCGGGUGGGUUAGGGGGUAGUUUUAAAGGUGCACUGUGCUAGGUUUAGUAUCACAUAGUGGUCAAAUUUAACAUUGCAUUUCCUUACCUUUUUUUUUUUUUUUUUUUUACAAGAACGAGUAGUAGCCUUUUUUCACAAGUAUUCAGUUUAUUUCCUCUGGUCUGAUAUUAAUUUCAUUAGGAUUCAACAUCCAAUAGAUUCAUCUAAAACCUGCACAGUGCAACCUAAACUAAUUAUAUGAUGCCUGGAUAAGGACAAAACAAGGUAAAGAGUUAUCAGAUCAGUCUAAAUACAGCUGAAUGUGUAAAUAAUAUUAAUAUGAAUUAUAUUAAUAUUGUUAUUUAAAUAUUUGGGAUGGUUUGGGGGAAAACAUAACUUUUUGAUGUAUUUACAUGGUUUCAAGAGAAAAGUUAUUCAUGAGUUGAAAGAAAUGUAAACCUAUUUCUCUACUGUCCAUAGCAUUUUCAUUAUCCUUAGUUUUCUAUUUUCAUGGUUGCACAGAUCUAUAACAUCUAUAACAUUUAUCCUCUGUUCUCCACACGUUUGUUUGAUUUUCAAUCGUAGCUAUUGCUACUCAAAGACUUUUGUCUGUCUUAUGUGAUACAUGGACACUGUAUUGUUGUCGUGAUGUUAGCAGCAGGACGGGUGGAAAUGGGAAACGUUAAAACGUAAUGGGUUUUGUGUGAUGCAACAAGACAAAAAUGACUAAAUGUAAGAUAGACAGAAAACUAAAGAAAAUCAAACUUGAGAAAUUAUUAUUAUUAUGAAAUAUUAUGCUGGUUUUCCAUUAUAAAGGUCCAGUGUUCCUUUGAGGAUGGUCUCUUUUCCAAAAUGGCGAUGGUGACCUUCAUAUGUUUGUAUAUCUGCAUUAAUGCUUUAAGUGAGAAUGGUUUGGUUUAAUAGCCUUAGAAGAAGUCUUUCGUUUGAACCUAAGUUGUGGGUUUCGCUUUGUGACGCCCCUCGUGUUUAUACAGCGGUCUACAGUGCGUAUUUAUUUUCAUGUUUAGAAGUAGAAGCAUACAGCGCAGAGGACAGUGGAACACUUGACCUACAUAGGCGUGAUGUAUGAACCAGCAGAAAAGAAGCGGGAAACAAGAGAAGGAUGACAGAGAGUCGUGGGAGAGCGGUAACUUUUAGAGAUCGAGGUGUAACAUGUCACGUAUCUCGUUGGACCUUUAAUUACGACAACAGUUGCUCCAAUGGCCAUUUCAUUCGAUUUUCUUGUCUUAAAGUUGGGGUUCUUUGCACUUGUCGCUGUAUAGAAUCACCAGGUUGGAGCUACAACGAAGAGUAGAUUAUAUUUGACUGCAGGGGGCAGGUGGGAAGGUCUGUCUUUUUCUGAAAGCUAGUGUUUGAAUAAUUUCACUCUCUGCUAAUCACUGUCUCCCUUGAAUCAAGGCUGCUGCUGGAGAAAUCCGUAUUUAUCUUUUUUCAUCACAUUAGCAGGUCUGUAGAAGAUCGAUGGCAUUAGGAUAGGUAGAGAGAGAGGGGUGGAAUUAUCUUCAAACACUCGCGAUUGUCAAUUCUGUCAACAACAAAAAAAAAAUUUGAUUUUCUCACUGACGACGCUGAUAAAUACAUGAAGAAAAUGCUGACAAGCUCCAUCUUCUGGCUGUGUUCUGGUACUGCAACACUAAGUCCAACGUCAAAAGGACACCCUUCUGAGAACCAACUGUAACUGGAGAGAGAGAGAGAGAGAGGACCACAUGCAACAGAUUAUACAGGCUAAUGAAACUCAUUUGGAUUCACAGCCCACACGUUUCUUGGUUGUUUGUGUUACUUUUUAUGUGAAGUGUAAAUCACUGUACAAACUUCCCACCCUUGUGUUUUUUUUCCUCUUCUGAUAUAUUCAUGUUCUUUUCCUAUUGUAGGAGAACAAUUGUUAUUAUUAUUUCCUGAACCAUUCAUCUACCUCACUGUGCCCCCCCUUCCCUGGUCCCCCCUAUUUUUUUCAGUCUAUCUACAUGUACAGAAAAACAUCUAAUCUCUGUUGUUCAGCUGUAAUAACAGUUUUAGUUGUUGUAUGGUCAAAUUCACACUACAAAACCAAACCAUUCUACCUUUGGGUGGACUGUUAAUAAUUAAGCAGAUGUUCCACAAGUCAGUCUGGACACUAUAAGAGCUGCUGAGAGCAAUUAGGUCAGAAUGGGGAAGUGUUCCAGACCAUGCUGGUCUUCAUAACUGUUUUGUUUUGGGGUUGAUUUUUUUGUUUUUGUUUUUUUGUUUUGUACUCAGGGUAGAUGAGACGGCUGUCUGAAUUGUUAGAUGCUCUGCUGUGAGAAGAAUGUUUAGGAAGAAAAGGAAGGAAGAGCAGUCCUGCUGUGAGAGACUGAAUCCUUCCUUCUGUUAUUGAAAUCUCAUCUUCAUUUCCCUCCUUAAAGCCCCUCAGUCGUCAGGACUUCCAACUCCAAGGUCUGUCCCCAGUUUGCGGUCGUCAUGCAUUUCCAUUGUACAUUUGCAUGCUUCCUUUUUUGUUUAUUUUUAACUUUAAAACAACCCUGAAAUACCACGAAGGGUGGUUGGACUGUUUUCAAGGUCGCUUUAAAAAAUUCCAUCUGUAGAAAAGCUCCACGGUCGUUAUAAAGCAUCAAUGACUUUGCUCUGUUCAGCCGGGAUCAUAAACAGGAUAGGGUCCUAGUGAGGGGUUCAGAUAUAUGACUUACCAACACAAGUUCUAAAUUUUUAAUAUUUCUACUUUCAGUAACUUAAAUUGCAGCCUUAUUUCCAGCUUUAACAGAAUCAAAAGAAUUUGUAUUGGAAUCUGUAAAAUGUGGUGUAGUGUUUACAAAACUGAUACUAGAAAUAUAUUUAGUUAUAAAAAAAGGCACUUAACAUCUUCUGGUUUUAUUUUUUUUUCUUCUUUCCCUUCUUCUCAGGAACAUGUGUAACAUAAGAAACUGCUUAAAUUUUAUUUUUCACUGAGACCAAUCAAAGCAUUUUGUGACACAUGAACUCAUUUUGGUUUUCUACUAAAAACAGCCAUGACCGAGUCUUUUUUUUUCUCUCUUCUUCUUCUUUCCCAUAUUGUUUUUUUAUUUUUAUUUUACUCUUCCUCCUAAAACUCACAGCAGAUUAGAAACAUCAGUCCUCUGAUCCACUCUGAGAACGGCAGACUUAUCGCAGUUUCAUCUAGAGACGGUUGGGCUAGAAGUGAUGAGGUCAGGGCUUUUUUUUUUUUUUUUUGCUUUUUUUUUUAGCACUGGAAUACCUCACAGAGCGGACAUAAAAUCAUACACCCCCGGCCCCUCCUCUUCUUUUCCCCCAUUACAUUGGUAAAACAAUUUGUUACUGAAAUUUUUGAUGUGUGUAAAUUAUUCAUAGCUUUCCAACUCUUGUGUUUCAAGUUAAAUAAUCUGUUAGACUAAGAUUUCAUUUUGGUUCUUUUUGUACAUGAUGAUGUAAGAAUUUCUUUUGUUUCAAUAUAUUCUGAGUACUCGGAAAUUGAUUGGCUGAAGGAAAUGGAGAAUGUCUGUUUCUCUGAUUCUUUUUUUCUACAUGAGGUUUAAAAUUAAUAAAAUGUAUGCAAACUGC